AUGUCUGACAGCUCAAAAUCCAACCAGCUCGUUCUAGCCGUCAGGCCGGAGCGCGGCCCAGUGACCGACAAGACAUUUCGCCGGGAGACUGCUCAGUUGCCUGAGCUGAAAGAGGGGGAGCUGCGGGUGCGAGUGGACUAUGUCUCCAUUGAUCCUACCCAGCGCAACUGGCUGAAUGAUGCUCGCUCGUACAUGGAGCCCGUCAAGAUUGGCGCGGUGAUGCGCGCUGCGGCAGUGGGGCGAGUUGUCAAAUCAAAGGCUAAGGGGUUCUCUGAGGGUGACCUUGUAUACGGAACCUUAGGCUGGCAGACGUACUGGCAAGGCCCCGCCAACAAGGUUGAGCACCGCGAUGUCCCGCGCGGUGGAAAGGACAUGGACCACCUCGGACUCUUUGGCGCGUCGGGUAUGACGGCGUACUUUGGCAUGUUUGACAUUGGGAACCUGAAGGACGGUGACAACGUGGUGAUCUCCGGAGCGGCAGGAUCUGUUGGCUUGAUCGCUACUCAGAUUGCUCUUUCGCACCCCAAGUGCAAAGUGACGGGAAUUGCCGGCUCGGCCGAGAAGUGUGCGGAGCUCAAGAAGCUGGGUGUUCACCAUGCGCUCAACUACAAGGACAAGGAUUUCCGGAAACAGCUUCGGAAGGUCGGCCUUGUGGACCUUUACUUUGACAAUGUUGGCGGUGAAAUCCUCGACAUGGUCCUUGGUCAAUUACAGGUAUAUGCCCGUAUAGUCCUAUGCGGUAUGAUCGCGGCGUACAAUGCAACUACACCUCCACCAAUCCUCAAUCUUCCCACCCUGAUCAGUACCAAGUCCUCCAUGCGCGGCUUCAUCGUCUUCGACUAUGCGACGCGGUAUGGCGAAGGCCGAGCCUACUUGGCGGACAUGGUGGAGCGGGGCACAAUGAAGUACCAGUAUCACGUGCUCAAGGGGGACAAGGGCGAAGCGGAUGGGCUGAGCAAGUGCGUCGGCGCGCUGGAGGACGUCUUCUCGGGUAGGAACUAUGGCAAGACGGUCGUAAGAGUAUCACAAGAAGAGAAGAGCAAGCUAUAG